CAGGCGCGGGUUGAAUGACACUUUUGGGCUUUACAGUGUCGCGAAUGCCGAAAAGAUCUUCCAAAUUCCUCAAGAAAAUUAUAAUCUCUCAUUACGUGAAUAAUUUUUGAAAAAUAUGUCGAAUUUCCCCGAGACGGAAACUGACACCGGUUCUCCAUCCAUGUCCAAAGCAGAAGACAACUUGUCGAACAGUGAUGGUCCUCUAUUGAAGAGAAGUUUUGCUAGAAAUAAUACUCCCAUCAGCCUGAAGAACGGUUCGAGCGCUAAAACUUCGAGAUCCCCUUCUCGCGCACCUUCCUAUGGGCAGUCUUCCUCCUCCUCCUUUGAUUCUGAGAAAAAGCGCUACUGCCUCUGGACACUGACGUGUAUUCUAGCUGUAAUUGGUCUCUGUAAUCUCCUCUUGAGUAUCACAAUUAUCGAUGUUCUAAGAGUUUCCCGAGGGAUGGAGUCUCUAGAGGUGAUUCCUGAAGAAUCUUUGGUGAAAUUCUUCGGUAAUACCGAUCUGGACCACGUGUGCGUUGAAAGGGGAAUUUGCCAGGGAUACGGUGAUGAACCUGUUGAGAUUUACGGGCAUAAUGCGGGAGUACACCUGAACGUGCAGAAUCACCGUUACGACCACAUAAGAAGUGAUUUUCGCGUUCUCAAAAAUAUGACAUCAGUCUCCCAAGUAGAAUCUUUCGAAAUAAAAGACCACCACGGCCACUCAUUGUUCUCCACAAAUUUUUCCAACUUUGGAUCCCUCAGAGGAGUCGACAGGAUCGACGUAAAAUUGGCGCAGACACACAGAAUAGUGUCUCCAGUGAAUGAGACUCUGAUGUUGGAUUCUAAAAAACAAGUUUCAAUACAUGGAGCAGAGAGCCUCAGUAUGGAGGGGAAAGAGAUCAUUCUUAUGGCGAAUAACGAUGUGAAUUUAAAGAGCAACGACAGCAUGGUUCUUGACGCUACUAAUGGAGUAUUCUUGGACGUCCAAAAGAUUCCAAUAGCCCCAGCAUUCGUACGGAGUGGCAGAUCAGAAGCUCUGCAGUACAAAGUUUGUGUUUGCAUGCCAGAGGGAAAAUUGUUCAGGGUACCAGUGACACCAGGUAAUAUGAACUGUGCAAGGGUCAGUAGUUCACCUGAAGACGACCCCUGUCGCUAGAUCGAACAUAGCAAUUACAUAUAAUUGAGAAACGCGGAGGAACGAAUUAUUGUAGAGACUAGAAUAAUAAAGUACCUAUCGAUGAGGUAUUUCAAUUACACAGUUGACUUUAUUUUUAGCAUUCGUGGUGAUUAAAAAAUUCGCCAUGUCGAUCAUUUUGGAGCCAAUACAUAUAGAAAUACGAAUAAUUUGUAGAAAUUCAUUGAAUAUGGAGAAAUUGACAAGUUAAAAAUUAAGAGGUCUCAGUGAUCAUCUCCUCGUUGUUCUCCUCCAUGUCCUCUGACUGUUCUUGAUCAGUCGGAGGCUCGUAAGCCUUGUCCAGGGGACUGGCGACAACUCCACCGGGCCACACACUCAUCUCGACAGCGAGUUUGUUGGUGCCUUCUAGGAGGGGCCUAAAGCCCCCAUGGGCAAGGACUCUGAGGAGAGUUUGGGCAGUGAGGCAGACCAGGUCUUGCUGCUCCAGGGUCAUUGCUGUGUGUACACGAAUAUUCCCACCCUCGCAAGGAUCAGA